AUGACCCGUCAACUCUGUGUUUUGGAUGUUUCUUGGAAGAAAAUAGACAAAGAGGCUUACCUGGAUGCAUGGCAACAGUUGGUAAAGGAGGCCAUUGGGUGUGCCUUUAUUGGCUUGGACUUGGAAUGGACAUCCAUGUCUAAGCCUUGUGUAGAGGAGAAGGAGGAAGAAGGUGAAGAAGAGGAGGAGGAAGAAGAAGAAAAGAAUACUCCUGGUAUCAACAGGGUCACUGCAUGUGUUGGGAGAAAAAGGACACCUACUGUGAAGUCUGCACACUAUGUGGGACCUGUGGCAGUGGUGCAGCUUAGUACGUUAAGCGUUACCUUUGUUAUAAAGCUCUGUGAUGUAGUUCGUAUAGCUGAAGGUGGUAAUUGUAGUUCUCCACAUGGAGAGGCUGCUGGUUCUCCAAUCUUGAAUCUUGUUAAGGACAACUUGUGUGCUCUCUUAGCAGAUGAACGUAUUACAAAAGUGGGAGUUGGUGUCUUUGGUGACCAAGAGAAACUACAACGUGACUAUACUGGAUUCUAUAUUUCACCUUGUGUAGAUCUUAUCGUCUUGUCUCAUCGUCUCUUCUUCUCCCAUGCAGAUGUGAAGCGACUGCGGGGUUUAAAAGAUAUCGCUGAACGUUUUUCUGGUACCAUUCUUGAGAAAGAUCCCCUUGUAAUACGCAGUGACUGGGGUGGAAAUCUGGGUCCCCUCUCUCCACUUCAGAUUCAAUACGCUGCUAGGGACGCAGAAGCAUCAUUUGAUACCUGUCUUGGUAUUUUAAGAGAAUCACGCGUUAUAGAGAGUGAUGAGACACUACAAACUGCCUGUACUCUACAGGAAUCCCCAAACUCAGUAGUUUCUAUUUUACAGGCUCUGGCUGGUGUAAAACGAACCUCGGAAAAGGGACGUCAGAAGAAUUGUGAAGAAAACCAAAAUGAACGUAAUGUAUGGUGGUGUAAGGGGCGUUCCAAACCUUACUAUCACAAUAUUUUUCUCUACGAUGCCGAUAUGAAUCUUGUCUUUACUGUUGAUAAGUCCAAGGCAGAGUGGUAUGUGUACAAGAAAGGUUUGGCAAAGGUGACAGAAUGGCGGGAUGGGGAUAACAGUGAUACGUCAAGUUCACAGAAGGAGAUAGCCGCUAUUCAGCUUGUUUUUAGUCCAGAUUUUUCAAAGUACAAUGACGCUCAUAUUCGUCGUAAUUUGGACUACUUCCGUCAACCCAAAGAGAAUCAAUGUGUUGUCUGUGGUAAUUCGAAUGACUUGGUACGAUUUGCUGUUGUACCACUAGGUUACAGAAAGUUUCUCCCUAGUGUAUACAUGAGUCAUAACAGCUAUGAUUUACUACUCUUAUGUACUACAUGUUUUGCAGUGGUCCGAAUAAAAUAUGAUAAAGAGCGACAACGUGUAGCUGAGGAUUAUGGUGUACCUCUGGGUCACCUAACACCAAAAGAAGUCAAAAAACAUCGAGCCAUAUUGCAGAAGAAUAACCAAGAGGAAAAAGAAACUAACAUUUCUAUAAUAAACAGUGAUGACAACAAGGUGUUGGCAGAUGAAGGGAGAGAGGGUAUUUCUUCUUCUCAAAAGAGGUGCAUUAUGGAAGCAUACCUUGAUAUUGAGGAACAUCGUGAAACCCUCCUUAACAUAUUUAAAUAUGCCAAAGCCUUACGUGGUUGUUACGAUACCUCUACGGAUGAAAAAGAAGAAGGAGAGAAGAAAGGAACUACAGAAAAUAAUGAUACAUCCAUCUCUUUAAUGCAAAAAAGGUCUGCAAAGAUUCCACCAUCCCGUGUAGAACAGCUUGCGUCAUAUAUUCGUUUGCACGCUCCACUAUAUCCUUUUACAAAGAAUACUAAAGAACAAGAAGAAUUAUUCCUUAUUGAUGCUGCUUCUCCAGAGUCUGUCAAAUACAUACUUGAGAGUGGAAAAUCACCUCGUGCCGUUUUGACACGUUUUUGGCUUCGUCAACACCCAGAAGUUCGUGAUAUGUUUUGCAACACGACAAGAAAAGGUGCAUCUUUAGAAGAUAAUCUCUCACUGGAAUCACAGGAAGAUGAAGGUAUGAAGGAAGAGAACCUCUCUGUGGAUUGUCACGGAUUUCUUGUGGUGCAAGCGGUUUUGCAAAAGUAUAUGGGACAUCCCGAUAAGACCCAGGAUCACGCUGUAGGUGAGUUUAUUUACCGAUGGCGUAUGUCCUUCGUACGUGGGAUGAACCCAAAAUACCUGCCGAGUGGCUGGUGUCCGGAAGAUGGAAUAUUGUUGUGA